AUGUCUCUCAAGACCGUUGCUGCCGCUUCCAUCCUCGCCGCCGCCAACUUGGUGGCUGGCCACGGUGCUAUCAUCGGCGCCUCCAGCACGCUGGGUGGCUCCGGCAUGGCUCUUGGUGUUGACCUCGCGACUCCCCGUGACGGCACUCGCGCCACACCCUUCCAGCAAGAUUCCACCCGCUUCAAGGGUCCCAACGCCGACACCUUCGGUCAGACCACCGGCGGUGGUGAGAACGACUUGGAGGCUGGCACCAAGGCCAUCAUGAGUGCGACUGGUGACAUGCUUCCUCAGGUUGCCCCUGGUAGCACUCUCGAUUUGACCGUCCACCAGGUCAAUGGUGACGGUGCCGGCCCCUACGACUGCAUGAUCAACGCUGAUGCCACCGGUGCCUCCUGGACCAACAUCAACGUCCCAGUCACCGUUCCCGGCCAGAACUCCCGCAAUCGCGCUGGUGCCAUGACCGACUUCCCCAUCAAGGCUGAGAUCCCCGCCGACCAGACUUGCACUGGUACCGUCGCUGGCCAGGCCAACGUCUGCCUGGUCCGUUGCCAGAACGGAGCUCGUGCCGGACCCUUCGGCGGUAUCGUUCCCGUCCAGAUGGCCCAGGCUGGCAACACUCCCGCCGCAGCUCGCCGCAACCUGGCCCGCGCCAUUACCGAGAGUGAGCGCCAGUACAAGCGCAUGUUGAAGCGCGCCGUCGAGGCUGUCGAGGCCGAGGAGGAGGAAGAGGAGUAA